GCAAUAAAUAUUGUGAGGAUUAUAAUCUGUAUUUUUCCUCAAAUAAUCAAAAGUAAUGAUGUGUUGAAAUAUUAUACUUUUCAAGCAUUUUCAAACUUUACUUACGUGAAAGUAUACCGUUUUCCAGAAAAGAUGACAGUUUUGGAAUUGUGUAAAGGGUAUCUGGAAAUACUUUUCAGGUUUGUUUUAAUUUUAGGGAGUUGGAGUAAGGCAAUCUUGGUGAGUAUUCAGUCAGGUGACUAGCAGAUGUUAGCAGUCUUAUUAAUACUUGUGGGUUUUUUGUCUAAAGAUUAACAAAAUUUGGUAAUUUACCACUUUACAAAAUGGAUGUUUAUGUUAGGAGCAUUUUCAUUGUCAGUAAUCUUAAGGCUACAGUCUAUUAGCCGUUUUCCAGCACAAUAGUGACUACUGACAAUUGUUCCUUAGAUGACUGGAUGUAAUCAGUCUUCCUCCCUAAAAAGGAAUAUUAUUUCUCAUUAUUCAAGAUGAAUGUGUUUUACAUGUGAACUUUCUCUUUUUACAGUGCUGUAGGUAAAACAUGCCUACUCAUCAGUUACACAACCAAUGCAUUUCCUGGAGAAUAUAUACCCACUGUGAUGUCUUCUUAAUCUGCUUUUCCCUUGUGAGUCCUGCUUCCUUUGAAAAUGUCCGUGCUAAGUGGUAUCCUGAGGUGCGGCACCAUUGCCCCAACACCCCCAUCAUUUUAGUGGGUACCAAACUCGACCUCCGGGAUGAUAAGGACACUAUUGAAAAGCUGAAGGAGAAGAAGCUGACUCCUAUCACCUACCCACAGGGCCUUGCCAUGGCAAAAGAGAUUGGUGCAGUGAAAUACCUCGAAUGCUCAGCACUUACGCAGCGAGGCCUCAAGACAGUGUUUGAUGAAGCGAUCCGAGCAGUUCUGUGCCCCCCUCCUGUAAAGAAGAGGAAGAGAAAAUGUCUGCUGCUGUAAGCGCCGCCCUCCCCCACCCCACUCCAAACCCCGUGCUUUGCUCGGAACAAUGGAGCAUUCACACUCAAUGCCAAGUUUGUCUGUUCUGAAUUAGUUCUCUUCCAUAAAUUCUCGAACCAAUCAGUUCACAGUUGCAUUUGUUUAAAGUAUGAAAGUUACCUUGCAUUCUUCUAAAAGCAAACUCCUGAAAAGACAAACCUAUGUAAAGCCUUAUUUUUAAAUCCUAUCUUGCUCAAUUAAGUGUUGCCAAACUAUCUGCUGAACUAAGUUGCAUUGUUGUGCUACAAACACUAAGCACUAAACCGUUUUUUAAAAAGAUUCUUCUUGAAGAUGACUCUAAUUUCUGUUAGGAAAUGCAAAAACACUUUCUAGUUUUUCACAGUAACAGUACCGUAUAAUUAGCAAAACACUGCACUCUAAUGUGUUUUAUUAUUCAAUGUUUUCUCAGCCCACAGUCAUUGCAUAGCGUUGUGUAUCGAACUGAAAUCUCUGACAAUGACUGACACCCGAGUCACAGUGUAAAAUGCUUUAUUGUUGGUAAGGGCUUGGUUGCAAUCUAGUUCUUGCUGCUGUGGUUUAAAAAAAAAAAAAAAAUAACUAUUCUUACUGAAGGGUAUCUAGUCCUUUUGACAGCGUUGUGUUGUCAUGGAUAAAUGAGAGAGGGGGUUGGAUCAAAUGCUAGUGCCAGGCAGUAUUUUGACACUGUACAGAUGACUGACGCUACACUGCCAGGGGAGUUGAAACUGAAUUGACUUUUAGUGCAGGUUGAACGCG